AAAUGGUAGGGAUGUAGGGAGACAGUGGUAGAGAGACAGAGAGAGGUAGAGUGUAGAGGGUAGAGAAGGAGAAAUAGCAGUAGAAGUAGGUAGAGAGAGAGACAGAGAGUUUGAGAGACCGUAUCCCAGCAGAGUCUUCCCAUGUGUUCAGUGUGUCCUGGAGGCUCCAGUGAGGUUGUGGGGCUCUGAUGAUGCUGCUAAUGACCACCCCUGACACAUACUAGCUGCUGGGGUGUGGAUGGUGGGAGGCCGGUGUGUUCGAGGAAUAGGCCACACUCGGGCCUUGAUGUGGCAUCACAUCCUGGGGCUGCUGAGGGUCUGUCGUCAGGGCGAGGGAUACCUAGCUCCAGGGACAGAAGACGGAGACCAUGACAACAGAGACCAUGAUGAAAGGGAGCAUGGAGACGGGGGUAAUGGGGACGGGGAUGCAGUGUCCUCCCAGCCCAUGGGAUCAGAGUGUAUGGAGAUGCGAAAGCGUCAGAUGUCGGUGCAGCAGGAGUCGAUGGCGGGUGGCACGGCACCGACCCAGCAGGACCCUAGCCAGAGCCAGAACCAGGGGAACCAGAACCAGGGGAAUCAGAGCCAGGUGAACCAGAGAGGGAACAACGCCUGUUGCUUCUGCUGGUGCUGCUGCUGUAGCUGUUCCUGGAACGAGGAGCGUGAGGAGAGGAACCGCCGGGCGUCCUACGACCUCAAGGCUGAGGGAACGGCCGACUGCGAGGACAGCCCCCCUCCCACUCUGGAGGAGGUCCGUUCCUGGGCCCAGUCAUUUGACCGACUGAUGUCGUGCACUGCUGGCCGAGUGGCGUUUAGGUUGUUCCUGUGUACAGAGUUCAGUGAGGAGAACAUGUUAUUCUGGCUGGCUUGUGAGGAGUUCACCAAGGAAACCAACAAGACCUCCAUUGAGGAGAAGGCACGGAUCAUUUACGAGGACUACAUCUCCAUCCUCUCACCCAAAGAGGUGAGUCUGGACUCCCGUGUUCGGGAGGUGAUCAACAAGAACAUGUUGGAGCCGUCGUCCCAGACCUUCGUUGAUGCUCAGGUGCAGAUCUACACGCUGAUGCAAAGAGACUCCUACCCCCGAUACAUGAACUCCCAAGCCUACAAGAACCUGCUCAACUCCCUCUCAGAGCAGGCCCCUGAGUUCUAACUCAGCACUCUCAGAGCAGGCCCGUGAGUCCUAACUCAGCACUCUCAGAGCAGGCCCCUGAGUCCUAACUCAGCACUCUCAGAGCAGGACCCUGAGUCCUAACUCAGCACUCUCAGAGCAGGCCCCUGAGUCCUAACUCAGCACUCUCAGAGCAGGCCCCUGAGUCCUAACUCAGCACUCUCAGAGGAGGCCCCUGAGUCCUAACUCAGCACUCUCAGAGCAGGCCCUGAGUCCUAACUCAGCACUCUCAGAGCAGGCCCCUGAGUCCUAACUCAGCACUCUCAGAGCAGGCCCCUGAGUCCUAACUCAGCACUCUCAGAGCAGGCCCCUGAGUCCUAACUCAGCACUCUCAGAGCAGGUCCCUGAGUCCUAACUCAGCACUCUCAGAGCAGGACCCUGAGUCCUAACUCAGCACUCUCAGAGCAGGCCCCAGAGACCUAACUCAGCACUCUCAGAGUAGGUCUCCGAGUCCUAAGUCAACACUCUUUGUUCUAGAGUCUUAGGUGACAACAAACCUAGGAUCGUCUCUCUUUUCUCAUUUCCAUUUGGUUUGAAUGUUAGAGAAGAGAAGGGGUGGCCAACCUUCCUCCUGGAGAGCUAUUACGUGUGCUAUAACUGUCUGCACACCCAGUAGCUCUCUAGGAGUGUAGAGGAUGUGAAGCGGGCCUCUGACCUGACCUAGCCCUGUCCCCAUGACCUGGCGCCGCGCUACAGAGACGUCACCUGACUAAAGAAACUCAGGGUUCUACUGUCCGAGAAGUCUACUCGCCUAGGGCUCUACUAUUCCGAAGGCUCUAUUCUACUGGGCUCAGCUCCUCUGAGGGUGAGGGCUCUACUCUCCCGAGGGCUCUACUCCCCAAGGCCUCUAUUCCACCUAGGUCUCUACUGUCCUGAGGGUUCUACUCCACCUAGGGCUCUACUGUCCUAAGGGUUCUACUCCACCUAAGGCUCUACUGUCCUGAGGGUUCUACUCUUCUGAAGGCUGUACUCCCCUGAGGGUGAGGGUUCCAUUCCCCCCAGGGCUCUACUCCCUUAAGGCUCCAUUCCCCCCAGGGCUCUACUCCCUUAAGGCUCCAUUCCCCCCAGGGCUCUACUCCCUUAAGGCUCCAUUCCCCCCAGGGCUCUACUCCCUUAAGGCUCCAUCCCCCCAGGGCUCUACUCCCUUAAGGCUCCAUUCCCCCCAGGGCUCAACUCCCUUAAGGCUCCAUUCCCCCCAGGGCUCUACUCCCUUAAGGCUCCAUUCCCCCCAGGGCUCUACUCCCUUAAGGCUCCAUUCCCCCCAGGGCACUACUCCCAUAAGGCUCCAUUCCCCCAGGGCUCUACUCCCUUAAGGCUCCAUUCCCCCCAGGGCUCUACUCCCUUAAUGCUCCAUUCCCCCAGGGCUCUACUCCCUUAAGGCUCCAUUCCCUCCAGGGCUCUACUCCCUUAAGGCUCCAUUCCCUCCAGGGCUCUACUCCCUUAAAGCUCCAUUCCCCCCAGGGCUCUACUCCCUUAAGGCUCCAUUCCCCCCAGGGCUCUACUCCCUUAAGGCUCCAUUCCCCCCAGGGCUCUACUCCCUUAAGGCUCCAUUCCCUCCAGGGCUCUACUCCCUUAAGGCUCCAUUCCCUCCAGGGCUCUACUCCCGUAAGGCUCUACUCCCGUAAGGCCUCUACUCCACACAAACAUUACUGCUCCAGAUCAACACACUCCAAAGGAAUAUAUAGUUUUAGAAAAAAAUCAUCUACAUUUUAUUUGUGUACAAGUUAUUUUAUUGUGUUAUAAUUGUUUAUUAUUUGUAUAAUUGUUUGGAUGGACAAAUGAUGCCUACUUGUGGGCAAUAUUAUAUAUAUUUAUGCGUUUGUAAAUAGACAAAAGGGAAUUGUGGGUAAACUGCAUAUGAGAAUCAAGUGGGUGUCCCAAUUGACACCCUAUUCACUAUAUAGUGCACUACCUAAUGGGCCUUGGUCUAAAAUAGUGAACUAUAUAGUGCACUACCUAAUGGGCCUUGGUCUAAAAUAGUGAACUAUAUAGUGCACUACCUAAUGGGCCUUG